AUGAAGAUAGGGAUCAAAGUUUUUCUUUGGGUGCCAAGUGUUGAUGGUUGGGUGAAAGUUGAGAAUGUUUGCUAUGUUUUAGAGGUUUUUAAUGAUGUGACAAAGAUAGUAUCAGGGAGUAAUUAUCCAACUGCAAAUUUAUUUCUUCCUGAGGUUUGGAAAAUAAGAGAUGUGUUGGGUAAAAAAUCUAAGGAUGACAAUGUUUAUGUAAGAACAAUGGCAGAAAAAGUGUAUUUGAAAUUUGAGAAGUAUUGGGGGGAAUGCAAUCUGCUCAUGUCUGUUGGUGCUGUUUUGGAUCCAAGGGUAUGUAAUGUUUUAAAUGAGUUGUAUGGUGAGUAUGUUGAUGCCAAUAACUUAACUACUGCCCCAAACCGUGGGCAUCAAAGUUUUUAUGAUUCUUCAUCUUCAGCUUCAAGUGAUAGUCCAUCUAGUGGUAUACGAAGGAGCACCAAAAGUGAAAUGGCUAUGUUUAACAAUUUUGUAAGAAGUGUUGAUACCUUUCAACCUGUGAAGUCGGAUCUGGAAAUAUAUUUGGAAAAAUAUGUUUAUAUUUGUGACGAGGGUGCUAAUUUGAAGUACAAUCAACUUAAGUACCGCAUUUUAUCUAAGAUGGCACAGGACAUCCUUGCAAUUCCUAUCACUACAGUGAGUUCGGAAUCAACAUUUAGUGCUGGUGGUAGGGUAAUUGAUCCCUAUCGUGCAUCUUUAGGUUCUAAAACUGUUGAGAUUUUGCUGUGUGAAGCUACUUGGGUUCGAGCACUACAUGAACUCAGUAAAUCUUCUAAUUCGGAGGAACCAUCUUUGGUGGAGAUUGAGUUGCCUUAG